AUGGAAGGUAAAGUUAAAAUCAUUGGAACACUUAAUGAUAAAUAUAAACUAAUCAAAUUUCUUGGCCAGGGUACUACUUCAAGAGUUUACUUAGCUUACAAUACUCAAGAUAAUAGUUAGGUUGCUAUCAAGAUAUUUAAGCCUGAAUUCUUAAACUCAGGAGAGGCUGCUAGAUAGAUAUUUAUUGACGAGCUCUCAGCAUUACUCAAACUAAAGCAUCCCAAUAUUGUGGAAAUGUACGAUUAUGGCAUUGAUGGAAGUAUUAUUGGAGAUACAGUUCAAAUGUCUGGCAUUUGGUUCAUUGUUCUUGAGUAUAUUUCUGAGAGAACUAUGGUUGACCUUAUUAAAUAAUAAGGCUGUAUGAAAGAAGAGGUAGCUUGCUUUUAUUUUACUUAAAUGGUUGACGUUCUCACUUAUAUAAAAUCACAAGGAAUAGCACAUAGAGAUAUCAAACUAGAAAACAUGCUUGUCAAUAAUAAUUAUCAGUUGAAAUUUGCUGAUUUCGGCUUCGCUUCAUUUUCGUAAGAAAAAUUAACCGACUAGAAAGGAACUCCCAUUUAUAUCGCUCCCGAAAUAUUAGAAAACAGAUUAUAUGAUGGAGAAAAAGUAGAUGUUUUUUCAUCAGGAGUUUGCUUAUUUGCAAUGAUUUCUGGUCGAUAUCCGAUAACAGAAUGGGCUCUUCCAUCUGAUAAAUUAUAUAGCCUUAUUAUCUAGAAAAAAUUUGAAGAGUACUGGAAUAUAUUUGAUCAAAAUGGAUGUUACUUUUCUGAUGCUUGCAAGGAACUUAUUCAAGGUAUGCUAACAUAUGAUGAUUGCGAAAGAUUAAAUCUAGAUGAGAUUGCAGAACAUGAAUGGUUUAGCAUUUAUAGCACUAAGGGUUAGGAUGAGAUAAAAGAUGACUAUAAGAAAGUCCCUAAAGACAAUAUAGUCAGAAGAGGUUUGCUUAAUUCGGGUGAAAAAGGAGGAACUGACCCCUUUACAGGCAUAACUGAUGGAUUUAUUGUUGAGCAAGAAGAGCUGUGCGCUUACUAUAAUGAUGGAACAGAGUUACAAAUCAUGGAUGGCAUUACUUUGUAAGACAUUGUGUAAGAAUUGGAAAAUCUAUGCCAAGAGAGAAAGAAGAAAGGAAAGAGCUGUUCAUUAGAUUUCAAUUAUUCUGAGGAAGUUUAAAGUUAAGAACUAGAUCAAAAGAGAAAAUCAUUAAGACUUAAAAUUAAAGACAAUCUGGAAAUUGAGGUAAAAUUCAUAAACUACUUGCAAGAAGGAGAGCUUAGUCCCAUUUUUAUUAAAUUCAGUCUAAUUAAGGGCUACAAGCUUGUAAUGUACGAUUGGAUUGAGAAGAUAAAGCAAAUUCUAGACGAAAAAGAGCUUAUUGAAUGUUGA